CUAAAGAUAGUUUAUGUGCUCUUUUUGAUAAUUUACUGCAAUAUUUUUGAGCGUUGAUCAAUCAAUAAACUUUUAAUGCUAUUUGUUUCUCUCAUUAUUGCAUGAACAAUCGCGCAAGGCACAUCCUGGUACGGGUAUGAAUGAGCUGGCAAAAUUCGUGAACCAUUGUUUCAAAAAUAUUUGCUUUCUACUCAAGGAGUUGCGUGGCCGUAUUUUUUAUAGCGUUUUUCAAGUUUCUUAAGAUGUUCUGUCGCGGUCACGACAUGUUAUCUCAUCAUACAACAAUAUUAGCAGGACGCAGACCAUAUAUAACUCUACCUUGAACUAUACAGCUUAAUCAGUAUCAGUUUGAUAUUGAAACGUGCUUAGUAUACAAAAAGUAUAUUUGAUAAAGCAUCCAAAAUCUGUGGAGGUACAGAAGGGCUCUAUGUGCUCCAUAUCAACCACAUCAAUCGACACCUUAGCUUCGUCAGAACUCAAUCACAAAUAUCCUGAAAGUAGUACAUUCGCAAGUUACAAGCGGAGCGGACGUCAAGGACAAUAUGCGCAACGAAAUCACAGCAGCAGUACUGUUCUUAGUACAGCUGAUCGAAAAAAACGAAAAAUUUAGUCCUGAUCAACUGGAGUGCUUCAGACGUCGUCUGGUCGAACUGUUGACGGAACGUUUCAAGAAUCACUGGUUUCCUGACAAACCCUUCAAAGGUCAAGGCUAUCGCUGUAUUCGUGUAAAUGGACAUAACCGUAGAGACGCAACUUUGGAGAGCGCUGCUCAUGCAGCUGGUGUAAAGUAUGAAGACUUAUCUCUACCUGUUGAAUUGACACUUUGGGUUGACCCUAAGGAAGUCUGUUGUCGCUUCGGUGAAAGCAAGGGCUCAUAUUGCACACUGGCUUCUUUUGAUGACAAGGAAAAUACUGUACCGAAGAAACGUAAGGAGGAAGACAAGGAGAACAAACAUGUGGAAGGACCGACCAAGACUCAAAAGUCGCCAAUGGCUCCUAGCACAGUGGAGCACAAACCAAAACCACUAGGCUGCAUGAAUCAAAAUCAACAGCAUCCAAAUAAUGGUACAGGUAGGAGACACAAUGUGCAUAGUCCAAGACCAAAUAUCAAUAGAAACCGCUCGUGGUUUAACCAUACAUUUAGUAUGGGUUAUGGUCCCCAUCCAAUGAAUCAACCUUGGUACAACGUAAUGCCACCUCCCUUUAUGGGUGGCCCAUCCCCACCGCCUUUUAUGGGUCAUCGUAGAAACAAGUGGACCCAUCCAUCCUCCUAUCCAGCUGGUCCCGCUCGAUUCCACCAUUGGUCCCCCAAAGCUGCCCUGAAAGUUUAAAGCAACGAUACAGUCCAAACUUCAAAAGAGCUCGCUUACCGAUUUCAUUGUUACCGUUAUAUCGUAUCACUUUUCGUUCUUGACGGCUCUUAAUUCGGUGAUAGACCGAUUGAUUAAGUGUCCGUUUAUAUAACAAUGAUUUCCCCCAUCUAACGAUCCGCUAGACUAAUUGUAAAUAAAGGUAUUCGUUGCCUUGAACAAUAAGCACGUGAUACACCAUGAAGGAUGGGGAUGUAAACGACAAAGUAUAUCGUCGCGUGCGGUAACACGGCUCAUAUCAAGCUAGAACUAAAUUGGUAGCGAAUUUUUUCGGUACCUAGUGACGAAUAAACGAUCGAUUUAAACACAUAAGAAACGAAACCUGUUCAAAAUGCGAUUACGGAUUACGAUUACGAAUUUUUAUUUUAUUUUAUUUUAUUUUCGUCCAUACUAAUUUUCUCUUACUCUAUAUUAUAUCUACAUAGUUUCUUCUCUGUUUUUUCUUCGUUGUUCGUAUAUGAUCGGAACGAGGAUGUUGCAUUAUAAUGUUUCACACAAAUAGUUAAAUUAUACGAUAGUACGCGUUUAACUCCGAAUGCAAAGUUGCUUAGAAAGCAGCAAUACGUUAGCGCGCUCUUAGGUUCUAAGUCAAGCCGAACGGAUAGACGAGACACGUAGUAGAAAUUUAUAAUAUUGCGCAUUAAGGAGUAUAUAAUGAGAUGAAAUUCAUAGAUAAAUUAACGACUGUCCGCAGACAAAUUAGUUAAUGUAAAAAACGAGUGCAGUAUUGACUUUCAAACGACUGUUUAGCAAAAGUCAGAACUUGUAGAUAGACAUACAUACGCGUGUUACAAAAUAGCUUAUACGCAAUGUGAUCUGACUUUUUCAAAUGAGCCCUCUUAAUUCAUUAGUUAAAAUUGAGCGUAUACCGAUUUGUGUAAUUCCAAAUAUUUGCUUUAGUGUAAUGUGAAAGAUUACAUAUAAAUUGGUUUUCUUCACCACUUCUUAGAUUUGAUUUGGAAUUCUCAAAUUAGAUGAUUCGAGUGUAAUUUUUGAAAAUUCCUAUCAUCGGUAAUCAGGAAAGAAUUAUAACUGAACAAGAAAGAAUAUAAGAAGAAAACAAAACUUGUUUCUAAUAUGAGAACUGUCCUACUGAGCUUAAAGAUACUAAAGUAAAAGUUUAAAGUUAUACUAACGUAUAACUUCAAAUACAAAAUAGUAGUGGAAUAGACAUAUUUCGUACAAUUUACUUGUUUAAGCAGGAAAAAAAUCAACACUAAUCAGAAUUAGUUUUUCGUAUACAAAGGGAAUAAAUGUGCCGCAAAAUGUGUCACUGUUGGGAUAGAAUAUUUAACAUGUAACGAAUUAAUUGCGCAUUCAAUUGCUGUGUAAAAUUAUCAAUGUUUCUAGUGAUAAAUGGGAACAAUAGUCAAAGAUCAUGAAAACACAAAAUCGUAUCUGCCACUUUAAAUUUACUGCUGUGUUUACAUUAAACAUUGCACGAAUACUAAAUAAGGACACGUUGAAGGUGCGAGGGACUCAUUAAGAUAUAAACGCUUAUUUAACCGCCUCUAUUAUGAGAUCCCUUUCACCAAAGAAAAGAAACGAUAGACAAUGAUGCAUAACGACUUCGUUCGAUUGUUCUCAAUUCUGUUGUUCGAUAUCCUUUUUUUUUCAAUUUAAUUUUUUUUAAUAGUGCGAAAUGAAAUUUCAUCUCGUCCCGCACCGAAUGCCAUUACGUCUAGGCCAUUGGAAAUUCAUGUGAUAUUAAUUUAUUAAUAAAUUGACCAAUAUCGUCACUGUAUUAUCCUUCUGUAAUAUAAAUAUGUAAAUAAUUUAAGAGAUACUUCUGCUCGUACGAUGAUUUUGUUACUUCAUAAAUGCACAGAAAUUUUAAAGACUCAGUGCCUAUGGCGUUUCCAUUUUUUAGCUUAGUGGGACAGCGCAUAAAUUAUACUUAUUAUUAUCCCCAGCGAUUCGCACUCACUGCGUUACGACUAAGCGUUUUAUACUGAAUGCGUUUAAGGUUGCGCACACGCACUACUUUAAAGGAUUUUUAAUGUCGGAGUCAUUUCGUAGAAUGGCAUCGCGAGAAACCGCUUUUUUUGCAAUCCGUCCCACCUUGCACUUACAUCUAAUCUAAUCAAAAUUCUCGACAUUUAAAAAUUGCGACUGAAUGCAAUAUUAAAUUUUGUGUCAUAUAUAAAUAUAUAUGUGUGUGUCGACGUGCGUGUGUGUCUCUCGGUGAGUGCGUCGUGCGCAACUAAAAUAUCUUCAGCAUACUAUAGACCCACACAAAUUCGGUACUACUAUUGUUGUUAUUAUCCAAGUCAAAUGUAUUUAUUAGUCCUUAGACAAAUCUCUAAAGAUUGUUACCAGACAUGCAUCAUCCCAUUCGAAACGUUGAAUGGAUAUAUCUGCGCGUUAAAUUAAAAUUAACUAAAUGCAAUUUAAUUAUCGUUUAUCGGCGAUGGUAAAUUUUAUUGUGUUCCUAUACGGGGUACAAUCCUGAAAUAUUGUUUCUAAUCGGCAAAGGCAUGAUUGUUUGCAUUAAUACGAUUAUUACAAAAAAAAAAAUAGGAAAAAUAACAGGAAGACUGUGUAUACACGUUGCGUAUUACUAUUGGCUUUGUCGCGCGAAGAUUUUCGGAUUCUGUAUUUUUCCUUCCUUUUUGUGGUGUUAUUGACUUUCUUUCGUUUCUUUAUUAUUUGUUACGCUUUUUUAAGGCUGUCUAUUUCACAAUCGAUGAAUUCUAUUCGAGCAUACAUAUUGUAUUUUGACUACAUUAUACUUAUAUCUUUGAGCAAAGCAAGAUUGCAUUCGGAUACUUUCUUUUCUUAAUAUAUAUACAUACAAUAUAUUAUAAAUAUAAAUAUUUCGAAAUCUGGCAAUACCAUUUUCACAAUGUUCCUCAAUGGAUAUAGAUCGAUGCACUUUUUCUCUACUUUUCUCUUAAAUUUUCUUUUUUCUCAAUUUUCUUUCUGUCGGUAACAAAGCCAUAUUUGAUACAAAAUGAUUGCCUUUACAUUGUACUAAAUCGAACAUGUGCAAAGAAGAAAUGAAUAUAUAUAUAUAUAUGCAUACGGACGUUGUUUUAUAUUUUACAUUUUAUGUAAACUGGCGAGUUAAGCUAAAUUUUCAUAACUUUAUUCAUUUAUUGACAAUCUUGGAUCUGCCGAUAGUGCAUCCAUUACGCUAGAGCAGUGUAUACGAAAAAUAGCGAAUCGUGCUACGAUCGUAAUCGUGACGACACGCAUGGGUUUUUUUUUACUAAUGAAGGGUUUUUUCCUUUUUUUAUGUAGUGUCAUUUGCGAGAACUCCAGGUGGUAUAUUUACAAUGCACAAUAACACAAUUGUUCAUCAGAAUCAUUAAUUCGAAAUUUAUAAGUUUCUGUAGCACGAAAGUUAUCGAAGUUUUAAGGGCAGUAUUUUUAUAUCUUUCUUUUUUUAUGUUUUUCUUUUAUUACUUAAUGUUUUUAACCCAAUUUUUUAUUUUUAUCAUUGCAGUAUAAAUUGUGUUUUUGUUGCAUUUACACAGUUAUCUGGAGUACUGCAAAUAGAAUUUUUAAUGAUGUUACUAGUAACUAUUAAUUAAUCAAAUGGAAAUGAAUUGAUCAUUAUCAAAGACUUUGUAUAAAUAGGGGAACGUACUAAAACAGAAUAUGAUAGAAUGUUAACUGGAAGCUUAAUUAUUUUAAUUGAUCGUUAGUCGAUUAUGGCGCAAUAUAUAUAUAUUUAAAAUACCAGUUGAUUUAUCGUCUUACUAUUACCAAAUGUCGUGUACCUAAUUGCUAGAACUGUAUAGCCAUUGUUAAAAACAAAAGAAAGCAUAGAAGAAAAACUGAAGCUAUAAUUAUGUUAUGUUAAUAAUUGGCCGAUUUUCCACCAACAUAAAUUUCUAUCAAAUGUAUGGAUCGGGGAGUCGGACUCAUCCGAUCAUUUCAUAAACGAAUACGAUACGCAUUGAGAUAUUGUACCGUUACACAAAAUACACUAUUACUAUUAUCAUAGACCAUCUAUCGAUUAUUAUUAUUAUAUAUUAUAUUAAUAUCAAUAACGAGGUUAUUACAUGAAACACUGCAUACAAAUAUAUAAAUUAUAGAUCAAAUAAAUAGUUUUGCAAAUUGAAAA